CGCGCAUCAGCUGACACGUGUGUUUUUCGCGCUGCUUCUAGCCUCACGCUGCCAUUAGCCAGCCACGAAUAUACCAUAAACACAUGCUUUCAAAUUUCAAAUGUAUAACCCGGAUAUCUUUUUUCACAAUUUCUUUCAUUUCGUUUAAUUUAACAAAUUUGUGCUUAAUUGGUAUGCUUAAAACUGUGGCACCUAACACGUCGCGUGAAGACCGGUGUGCGUUUUAACAUGCCCGGACUUGUCUAAUUUUACGGGCCGGACAGGAAGACCUCCACGCGCUCAUGGAUAACACAUUUCCAGACAAGCUUUUUCCGCAAUUUUAUCUCGAUGGACCGCCGCAGAUCAAACCGAAACACGGUCAUGGAGGCUGGGGCUCAUAUGGGCGAGUGUUUCAUUCCAGUGCUGAUCUAUGUGAUGCUGAUGGAGACAAUCAGCAGUCCUUUGAAUCUCAGCGCACAGUUAAAGGAGACAAGUGGGUACCAGUCAAACCAGCAGUUACUCCUUUAAUUCCACCAUGUGAAGAUGCCAAAGUCUUAUAUGGUCCUUUGCCAGACCCGAUGGAUUUUCCAGAGCAUAUGCAGUAUUUUAAUCAGCAUCACUGUCUGGAUGCUUUCUCCACGAUGGGACAUUUGCUUAAGGAUCACUGGUCUUUUGCACGCAAACACCCAGUGGAAGUUUUGAGUUUGAAAUGGGUCAACAGAUUUCUCGAGGGCUUGAAUCAUAAAAGGUGCCAGCUUUCGUAUUACUGGGAGAAGAUCCGUCACACCCAUCAUUUGCUUGGUGAUUUCGUGAGCGAUAUUCCUCAAUCCCUCCUCUCCGAACUGCUCCAUGAGGAACUGACGUCACAGAGAGAACAACAGGAGUUCUGCCCAGAUCUCACAGGGGGCGCUCUGGGAUACAUGUCCCUACAUCAGGCUCGGGGUGGAGGUGACGGAUGUCUGAUUUAUCCCAGCGGGGCGGCACUGGACACGCUCAACUUCCACAGGGUGGUGCCAGAGUAUCACGUUGACAAGCCGCCAAGUUUUUUCAUGGACUCGAAACCUUUUGCCUUUGAGCUGAAUGGAACCAUUAGACAGCUCAGUUUGGGCAACAUGGAGGACGCAGGUAACGUGGCUGUUCGAUCAGAUUAUUUCUGCAGCUCUUGGGUCCUGGGAGACAGCAGGAAGCCACAUUUUCAGGAAGUCAUCCGGACAAAGGAACGAUUCUCUUGCGUCACCGUCAGUCCACAUGUCCCGGAUGAGCUGGUGGUGGCCACUGAACAGGGCUCAGCGUAUCUCUGGACCGUGAGAAAAGGGUUGCAGAAGUUUCGGCGGGAGGAUUCUAACCCGUAUUUAAAUCCAAAGACGGCAUGGCGAUGGUGCGAGUUCUCGUGCCACCCUCGAGUGAUGGUUUUUGCUGAUAGGAUGGGGGCGGAGCUUACAGAUGCAAGGAAUCAUGAUUGUUAUCACGCAUUAUUCCGGGUUGGAAAGACAUCAGGUUGUAAGAUGGGAGAGAGGGUGAUUCUUACCAAGUACCUGAGCGAAAGCCACGCCAACCACCACCUCAUCACUACCCAGUUUUCAGCUUACAUCAUGGAUGAGCGUUUUCCCUGUGUGCCCAUGCUGAAAUGGGACCACAUGAUGGAAUCCCAGCCGAUGUUUGCCAGCGUUCUGCCGGAUAUGACUUCAAACAACGCCUGCAAAUUGCUGCUGGGUGCUCCGAAGUCACAGGAGGUCAUGUUAUUGCAGUACAAAGGUGGGAGAGAGCACGCCUGUCAGACUCGGGGUCCCAUUCAGAAGCUUUUUAGUCCCAGUGAGAGUCUAAGCCAUUUAAACCUUCUUCUCCCUCAUAAGAGACACAUCGCUCAGAAGCGACUCCUUGUACCUGCUGCAGGUCUCGCAGCUGUACAGAAUAAGGACUACCUGUCUGUGUUCCAGCUCACAGAGACGGGAGACCUCUUUUAUCAAACGCUCCACAAACAUCAGGCCACCACCAAUGAGAACCUCACAGAACCAAUAAUCGACAAUGUCGAUAAAGAUCACUCCCCUACUUUGGAGACAAAUGAAGACGCUCAAGAAUCAUCCAGCCGUUCCAGAGGAUGUAACUCGACCAGCUCACCCAAACCAAGCAAGGAUCACGAUUUCCAGGUGGCUUGGAACAAGUGGUUUCAACCUCUUUUCAAAAAGGCCUCUUCCAAAAAACAACACCUACGUCAUCGACAAAUCAAAACCAACGGCUUAAUAGAUGUACAAGUCCCCGAAGCUUAUACACAGCAGAAGGAUCGCUUGAAGAGUCUGAAGAGAGACCUUCACGAUGUCAUGAGAAAGAAAGAGGUACUCACUCACGGGGUUACGCACCUGCCUCGUUUAAACGUGACCCCCGUUCCCGAUCCUAUAGAUCCAGCCGAGUGGCCGGAUGAUCUGAGCCAGCGAUUGGCAGCGGCGUGGGAUGACAAUUGGAAGGACUGGUGGGAUGAUAAACUGGGCUUAAACCGGGAAGAGAAAAUCAAAGCCCUUCGUGGAAAGCGGCUCAGAGAAAAGCAGGGGCGACGUAGGCGCCUCUCGCUUUCGGGAAGUUUCACCACGUCGGUGAGUUACCAGGACGAUCUGUAUGAGGGGUCGACUAUUGCAAGUCAGUAUCUCGGUUCAGACGAAGAGGAUUUGGAGGACUCUCAGGGCAUGAACAAGGAUGAAGGAACAUUGGAGAUGGCGAAAUUGAAGCCAGCCUUAAACUCAGAAGAAGAACCUUUAAAAUCUGUCCUAAGAAUGCCACAAAAAUUGGAGCAAGAAGAUCUUUUUGAGGACUCCACCAGGUCUCCACGAGUGACAAACCUGGGAGUUUUACCUUUAGUCAACGUAACGCCAACUAAGCAAACGUCAAAACAAACGACGUUUGACUUUGGUUCUUGGUUUGGUUCACAUAAAUCUACUCAGGACUCUGAAGAGGAAGUAGGACUUUCUUUUUCUCAGAUGUCUUCCACAUCUCAGCUCACCCUAUCGUCCCAAAAAGUGCCCAAAGUCAGAGGUCUCUCGCAAUCCUCCCAGCCAAAGAAAAAGUCUCGCAUGGGUUUCUAAACGCUGGCUGCAAACCAGGAAUGCUUCAAGGUGAACUGUUUACCUCUCGCUCUCGUCCCAGACCCCCUCCGGGAUGGUGGGCAGCUCGGGAAUGCUGCAGUAGCUGCUGUGCAAAUUCUGUGCCGUUCUCCGCGACACGAUCC